ACAUUCAUCCUCUCCCAACUCACCACAUACCACCUUACCCCUCUGCUGGCAAGAGGGGACCUGGUGAACCCCCUCCCUCAACACCUGAGCCACGCAACGGAAUAAGAACCAUCAGAGAAGGAACUGAAACACCUCCGUUUCCGUUUCAGAACUACACCGGUGAAUGAGCCAUCCCUCUCAGCUGACUCAAAAUGUUUGCCUCACCCAGGAGAUCUUCAGACCACAACUGUAGAGAACUCCCCACCUCUCCCAUCAUCCCUUGGGGAAGCAGAUGGAGCUCCAGAAGGGUUCCCCUGUCCAGCGGACCUUCAUUUCUGCCAUCCUCAGCAUGCUAUCACUCAGCCUCUCCGCAGCAUCCCUGCUCAGCAACGAGUGGUUUGUGGGCACACAGAAGGUGCCCAAGCCCCUGUGCGGGCAAGGUCUGGCAGCCAAGUGCUUUGCCAUGCCGGUGUCCUUGGAUGGGGGCCUCACCAACACAUCAGCCCAGGAGGUGGUACAAUACACCUGGGAGACUGGGGAUGACCGGUUCUCCUUCCUUAUCUUCCGCAGUGGCAUGUGGCUAUCCUGUGAGGAAAUCGUGGAAGAGCCAGGGGAGAAAUGCCGAUCUUUCAUUGAACUCACACCACCAGCCCAGAGAGGUGAGAAAGGACUACUGGAAUUUGCCACGUUGCAAGGCUCAUAUCACCCCGCUCUCCGAUCUGGAGGGGAGUGGUUGAUGGAGAAGGCUCCCCUCCCCCACCUCCCCUUGAGGCCCGUGGCAAAGGUCCUCUGGUUAUCGCUGGGUGCCCAAAUUGCCUACAUCGGACUUCAAUUCAUCAGCUUCCUCCUGCUACUGACAGAUCUGCUGCUCACCAGUAACCCUGGCUGCGGGCUCAAGCUGAGCGCCUUUGCAGCCAUCUCCUUGGUCCUGUCUGGCCUUCUGGGGAUGGUGGCCCACAUGAUGUAUUCACAAGUCUUCCAGGCCACGGCCAACCUAGGUCCAGAGGACUGGAGACCACAUUCUUGGAAUUAUGGCUGGGCUUUCUACACGGCCUGGGUUUCCUUCACCUGCUGCAUGGCUUCGGCUGUCACCACCUUCAACACAUACACGAGAAUGGUGCUGGAGUUCCAGUGUAGGCACAGGAAGAACUUCGACCCCAACCCCAGCUGCCUCGCCCAGCACCACCGCUGUUUCCUCCCCCAGAUACCAUGCGCAGCCCACUCAGGGGACCCUUUGACCAGCUGCCAACAGUACCCCAGCCAUCCCAUCCGCUCCGUCUCCGAAGGUAUCGACCUCUACUCAGCGCUACAAGACAAGGGAUUUCAACAAGGGACCAGCCAGGAGCUGAAAGAAGUGGCUGGGCCAUCCAUAGAAGAGCAGUGUUAGAAGUUAAGUGGGUUUGGGGAGCAGGCUAAACCCUACCAUCUGUGUUUGCUUAUUAACAUCCGCUUAAGCAAAA